CCCGCCGCCGCGGCCUCCUCCGCUGCUGCUGCCGCCGCCGCCCGCCCGGCCUGCCGCGCCGCUCCGCGCCCACCGCGCGGCCCGCGUCGGCUCCCGUAGUCCGGCUCCGGCCUGGCCCAGCGCCUCGGGCUCGCUCGGCGGCGCUCGGGCCGACUCGGCUGUUCUCGGGCCCGCUAGGCCCCGCCCCCACCCGGCCGCUCCCUCCUCCCCCUCGUCCGCUUAGGUCCCCUCAGGCCCAGCAGCGGCCGUGCCGCCUGUCCGUUCACUCGUUCCCACCGCGAGGGGGUGCGGCUCGAGGGGAAGGAGGAGGCGGCGGCCGCGGUGGCGGCGGCCGCGUACUGAGGGAGGCUCGGCUUCCGCGGCAGCAGCGGCUUCGGCGCGGAGGUCCGCAACGGCCUCGGGCGCCCCACCGCUUCGGAUAUUUCCGUCGCUCGCCGACUUCGGCUUUUCUUGCCCGGCCUGCGCUGUGCGCCUGCGCAGCCGCCGCCACCCCGCGUUGCUCAGCGAUAGGUCUUGGUAUUCGGACACUUUCGGCUAAGCUCGGUCAUUUCCGGGGACGCUCGUGGGUCCAGGCAUGGGCGGUGCCGCCGCCAUCUUUAAGUGGGGCAGAUUCAGGUCGCUUCGCUCGUAGUCCACCCGUGCAGACGGCUGAGUGGGUGGGUCACACGAGGUCCUUGCCCCUGGAGGUCACAGAGGCAGGGUGACCAGGGCGGGCCAGAGCCACGGCAAGGCCAUAGGCGUUGCCCAAGGAGUGCGGGGUCGAGUACCCUCGAUGUCCCACCGCAAACGCAACCCGCUCGCGGAGAUCCUGGCUGAGGCAGAAGCAGGUGUGGCAGGAGAGGCCAAGAGGCUGCCCUUGUGGGCACACUGGUAGCUACUGUGGAAACUGGCAGUGCGGAGAGGCUUCAUCAAGGUGUGUGGCUCAGGGAGGCGGAAUGAAGACAACUUCCCGCCUGCAGGUGUCGGGGAAGGCACCCCUUGGUGGGAUUGGCCUCCGCCACAGUGCCAAGCGGGACCGAAAGUCCAUCACCCUGCAUAUGAAGUUAGAGGUGCUUCGGAGGUUUGAGGAAGGUGAGAAGUUGACUCAGAUUGCCCGGGCCUUGGGGCUGGCCACCUCUACCGUCGCCUCAAUCCGUGUCAACAAGGACAAGAUCCGGGCCAAUUCCCAGGCAGCCACACCUGUCAGUGCCACGCAGCUGACCCGCUGCCGGGGUGUGGUGAUGGGCCAUAUGGAACGCUUGCUGAGCCUAUGGAUUGAGGAGCAAAAGCGGCAGAACCUGCCCAUCAGCACACUGCUCAUCCAGGACAAGGCACGACGGCUCUUUGUGCAGCUGCAGCAUGAGCAGGGCAGUGGCACUCAGGCUGAGACCUUCGGGGCCAGUAACGGCUGGUUUGCCCGAUUCAAGGCUCGCAACAAUGUGCUUUUGACAGAUGAGCCGGCUGUGGCUGACACCCAGGCUGCUGCCCACUAUCCCCCAGUGCUGCGCACCAUUCUGGAGGAGGGCUGUUACUCACCACACCAAGUUUUCAACGUGGAUGAGACAGGCCUGUUCUGGAAGCGGCUGCCAGAGCGCAUGUUGCUGGCACUGGAGGGGGCAGCCGGGCCUGGCCUCAAGGCCUCCAAGGACCACUUGACCCUGCUGCUUGGUGGCAACGCAGCUGGUGACUUCAAACUGAAGCCUCUGCUAGUGUACCCCUCGGAGAAUCCACGUGCCCUCAAGGGCUGCUCCAAGGCCAGCCUUCCUGUGGUCUGGCGCUCCAACCGCAAUGACUGGCUGACACCCAGCAUCUUCCAGGAGUGGUUUACUGGCUGCUUCUGUCCUGCUGUAGAGAGCUACUGUGCCAGCCAUGGCCUCCCACACCGUGCCCUAUUGCUCCUGGAUGGUGCACCCUGCCACCCUGCUCACCUGGGUGGCCUCUCAGCCCACGUGAGGGUUGAGUUCCUGCCCAAGAACACAUCGGCCCUGAUCCAGCCCAUGAACCAGGGUGUCAUUGCCACAUUCAAGGCCUAUUACCUGCGCCGCACGCUCAGCCAGCUGGUCCAGGAGACGACUGGUGAAGACCGACCCUCUGUGCAGGAGUUCUGGCGCAGCUAUACUGUCGUGACUGCUGUGGACAAUAUAGCUGAAGCCUGGGCAGAGCUGCAGCCUGCCACCAUGAACGGCGCCUGGAGGAAGCUCUGGCCUGAGUGUGUCCCUGCUGGCACCCCUGAGCCUGACACUGUGCCUCAGCUCCGCCGCAGCAUUGUGGCACUAGCUCGGCAUGUGGGCCUUGGAGAUGCGGCUGAGGCUGAUGUUGCCAGCCUGCUGCAGGCCCAUGGGGAGCCCCCACCCCACAGCAUCCCCCAGGAUGCAAAGGAUGGGGACAUGAGUGGUUCUGGGCUGCCCUGGGAGACAGGGAAUGGCCUGGUCUCUAGAAAACAAGAGCCAGAUUUCACAGAGGCUGUGGUGGGUGCAGGCACUGAGGAAGCUGGUGUGGGUGCUCUGAGCCCUGAGCAUCUCGCCCAGGCUCUGUCUCACUUUGCUGCUGGUUUACAGGUCCUCAUAGAGAAUGAUCCAAACCGGGAGCGCAGCCUGCGGGUCUCCCGGGGUGUCCACCGUGCCCUUGCUCGCCUCCGGGAGCUACACCGGGAAAGGAGGCGACAGUCUCGGGCGGCUGCAUCCUCAGGAGGCCCUGUGGUGGUGGCAGCAAGGGAGUCGGCAGGAAGCCUGCCAUUGCUCCAAGUGGGUCCCAUAGAGGGUGGGCAAGUGGCUAAGGGCACAGGUCCUGAAGGUCAGACCUCUGGCUGUCCUAUAUGAUUUGGGGCUUGGACUUGACCUCACAUGAGUUCUGUCUAAUGGUGUUUUGUUUCUGGAGGUCAGAUACUGCUCUUCUUCCCCAUGGUUCUCAUAUCUCAUGCUCUGUGGUCUUUGUAUAGUGACCCACGACUCUAGGCUUGGGGAACAGAAGGGUGGUGUCUUCUGAUUGGCAGAUGAGAUGCAGGGCCCAGGAGUGCUCACCCAUGACAGAGAUACACCCUGUAGUAUGGUAGUUGCCCUGCACAGUCUGCCAGGGUGGUUUUCCUUGUGAGGGGCCAGAACUGAGACCAGCCUCUUCCAUUUUCCAAACCUGACCUCUCCCUGCACCAUUGUUACCCUUCCUAGCCAACUUUAGAUGAGGGUUUCCUGCUCUCGGCAUGUCCUUUCUCACUUUCCAUGCCAUCCUUACCUCUUCUGGCUUCCACGGCCUCUGUCGUCUCAGUGCCAGAGCACUUUGGCUCACCGUGACUGUUGAUACCAGGGAUCACUUGCUUGGUUUGGAAAUGUUUUCUUCUCUGAAUUUCUGUGGCAUGGUGUCUUGGUUUCCCUCCAGCCUCUGAGCUUUUUGUGAUUCUGACAGUCUCCUGGUUCUGGUGCUCUUUGGAAAAUACCGUCCACUCCUAAGAGCUCAGUGGUCACCUCAGAGUUAGCUCCCAGUGCAUUGGUUAUAGCCUAGCCUCUCAGAUGUUAGACCCAAAGCUCUAAUUCUGAUGGACACUGCCCCACCUCCUGACAGUCUUGUUGUCUCCCUUCAUUACAGUUUGUUUUCCUGUCCCCCCAAACUGUAAUCACAGGCAUCAUGGGGUGUCCAUCUGAUUGCCGAAACACCGCUUGGGCCAGCAAACCACAGUCAGUCAGCAAGGGAAGGUGUUCUUGUGCUCUAGCUGGAUGAGCCACAGGUGGUGGGACAGGGAUGUCUGGGCUCCUGGACUCCUUUCAACACAGGUAUCUGCAUAUGUCUGCAUACAUGCGCACGCACGCGCGCGCACACAUACACACACACACACACGUGCCAAGAAAUAAAGAUGGGAGAAAGGAUUCUUGCUACCUCUGUCUCAGCUAACAUUGCAUUGUUGGGCUUGCUGUGAACUCAUCACAUGGGUCGGGACCAGUGGCUUGAAGGAUCAGCCUUACUGGAAGAAAGAUGAGAUGAGGUCCCUUGCUUGCUUUCCUGGGGAGAAUGGUAAGGGGGGUGAGAAGGAGAAGGGAAGCUUUUCUUAGGAUUCUGGUGGCAGACUGGAUUGGUUGCACAAUGUAUGAGCACUUAUAAUGUGCUAGGUGUGGAUUCCAGGGUGAGUGAGACUGACUUCAGGAGCUGCCAGUCCAGAGGUUGUUACAUUCUAUGUGACAAGGCUAUGACAGGUCACUCAGGAGGGACCCCACCAAGCUGGGGACAUGGACAUGAUAGGGUAGGCUUUCUGG